UUGAGGAUUCGAAUAUGAGAUUGAGCCUUUUCAAAACAAUUAACUUAUUUAGUUCGAACCGAGGGUCCCGGGUUCGAAUCCUGGUGAAGACAGGGAUUUUCAACUUUUGAGUCUACCCAGCUCUAAUGGGUAGCUGACAUUAGUUGGGGAAAAGCAAAGUCGGUUGGUCGUUGUGCUGGCUACAUGACACCCUCGUUAACCGUAGGCCACAAAAACAGAUGAACUUUACAUCAUCUGCCCUAUAGACCACAAACUAGUUAGGCCAGGUUCACAUCUAACUUUACAUUCAUUUUCACGUAUCCUUUGAUCUGCGGGACGGUUGGGGCACUACACAAGAUCUGUUAACCUUCUUUCUCCAUUCUUAUCUCUCAUUUGUCUUUGAUAUAAUUUCAUUCGGAUUUUCUUUCUGAAAAUAUUGAAGCUUACCUGGGUGGACCACUGGUCGUGCGGUUUGCGCGCUGGACUGUCAUUUGGAUUUAUUGACGAUCUAAGCUUCAAACCCUGCCUGCUCCCAUCCCCCGUCGUCCUGCGGGAGGUUUGGACUAGGAAGUAAACUAUCUUCAACUCUGAAGGAUUAUCCGAAUUAUGUAAAACAUUUUACUUCGGGGGCCGAUUUUGAGUUUGUGUUUCCACACAAACUGUCUUUUGUAACCUUGUUUAUUCAUCCAUUUAUUAUUUAUUUGAUACAAUAAAUAAAUGUAUAAAAUUUCAUCUUGAUCUGAGAAUGGGUAGAUAUGAAAUUACGUGUUCAAAAUUUGUGACAGACAGACAGACCGACAAAGAGAGUGAGUCGAUAUAAGUGAUGUAAAAAAAAAAAAGCAACAACACCUACAGUUGGAUGUUGACUAUGAAUCAUAAGAAGGCGGUCCAUUGUAUCAUUAGUUUUAGAUUAAAGACAACAGGAGGAGUUAGCAGAAUUGAUUGGCAAGUAGAAUAACCAAUAGAAAAGCAUAGAGAAAAACGUCUACACAUGCAUGUUGAAAUACUGUGCUAUAUAUUUCCCUGCCUGCAUCUGUCUGGUCACUCGAUCUUGUUUCUACCAGAACUGAGUUUGACUCUCUACUAACAGCGUUGAAACUUUGUAUUUUUUAGAUUCCUAUUCGGACUCGUCUCUACCACAACUGAGAUUGAAUCUCUUAUAAUUUGUUGAAACUUUUUUUUACAAUAAAUACAGCCACGGCGACGCAGACUGAACUAUCUAUUACACGGACUCGUCUCUACCACAACUGAGUUUGAAUCUCUACUAAAAUCGUUGAAACGUAAUAUCGUUCCGUAGCUCAUAUUUGGACUUUUGUCAUUCUAAGUUCAGAAAAGUGGUUACGUGUGACAAGUAUAUUGACUUUAUUCAAACAAGGAGGAACAAAUGUAACUUAGCUAGCCUUUUGUUGUAUCCGUGUACAAAGUGCUGUUAAUCUAGCUGUUCAAAUGAUAGAAAUUUGAGACCUGCAUUUUUUUAAAUACGCUAUUUACUUUACAAAGUUGACUACAGUGAAGCGUCUUUGUUACCGUGAGCUAUUCAAAUAUACUUUGGACUGUUUUAAAGAAACAAAAAAAACAAACAAACAAAAACAUUUCAAAUAGAAUUUUGGACUAUUUUACGUGUUUUGCAACUUUGAUCACCCGACCUGUUUCUACCAUACGAGAGAUUGAUCGAACUAUUGUUUGCAAUACACAAGAAGGAAUUAAAAAACGUCCAAUAGGAAGGUACCGGCGGAUUCCUCCAAACGAAGGUUUCUAUACAUUAACGUCGAGGUCCCAGGAAAGAUUGCUAUGGGUAAACGAAGGCCCUGUUAGUGUGGCGUCUUAUUUCAUCUUGAAUGAGACUAGUCUGUUAAAUGCGGCAGAAAGAUGCUUCCAUUGGAUAAUCUUGUCAAGAAAUGCCAACAUGGGUUCAAUUUCAAGUCAUGCUUGCAAUAAAAUGCAUUUCCUUUAUACGCUGUGUCAACAAGAUGUUAGUACUGCAGUCAGUGACAUAACAAUUGCUGAACUAGCACGGUCUUUGUAUAAGUCUGACUACUGCACUGACGUCAAGGCUAAGUCUGUCUCCCAAUGCCCCACCGUAACGUCUGAUAGCGUGCCUACGUUUUCCUGUUUCGCUUCAUAUGGAAACGUAUCGUACAAGUAUGUUUGCGAUGGUGUGAGUGAUUGUUUUUUGGGGGAGGACGAGAAGGUGUGUACAUUUGAGUAUGAGAUGAAUGGUGCGAAAGAGUGCGUGCAAGGAAACUUCAUAUGCAGACACCCACAGCUUUUCGGACUCAUCUGCAUUCCUAAAGAUAAAGUCUGCAACCUAAUAACAGAUUGCCCUGAUGGAAGCGAUGAGUCCGAUUGCGAUUCAUGUACCCAGGUCAGUUGUUCGUCCUCUGUUUGCAUUCCGCGGCAUUGGGCGUUCAACUGCCCUUUUCUCAACACAAAAAACACGACAGAUUUUUUGCUUCAACAUACAAAUCAAAUACAGACAAACAUAUCUCAUACAUUUCAUUCCUUGUUACAGCACAUUACUUACUGUCAGGCAACGAACCACACUCAAGGAAUACACGCAAACAAUUAUAAUACAUUCUGGGCGCCUAAAUGCGUAUACAUAAAAGAUAGAAAGGGGAAUGUUAUCGGCUGCCCAGCAGGCAAUCAUUUACUAGGAUGUAGUGAGUUUCCCUGCCCCAGAGGAUACAUUAAAUGCUGGGGCGCAUACUGCAUCCCGGACUACUACCUUAGCGAUGGGUACGUAGACUGCCCAAACGGGCAAGAUGAAUCUAAACUAACCAAUUUUUUUUUAAAAAACGAAACUUUUAAGUGCUAUCAAAGCAAAAGAACUAUUUCACACAUCUAUGUUUGUGAUGGGGUUGGGGACUGCGAUAGAAAUGAUGAUGAGUUUGAUUGUAGCGACCAAUGCCCUAAGGGCUUCUUAUGUAACGACGAGACAUUAACUGUCCACGAUGUCAAUACACCACACAUCCAAUGGUCGCUAAUUUCUAAUAACAUUACCUACAUAAACAUGUCUGGCAUGGACUUGGGGGACACUUGGAACAAUAUACCAACAGCACUUACAUUCAACCAUCUUUUAGUACUAUUGUUAAACAGAUGCAACAUUUCAGACUCGUUUAGAUUGCCAUUUCAUAGUAACACAGUGUACAAACUAGAAAUAACGAAUAACUUCCUCACAAGGUUAGAUACAAAUUUCAUCUCAAACUUUACGAAUCUGAGAAUCUUAAACGUUUCCAAUAACAACCAACUUCAAAUAAUUUCUUCCUCUUUUUUUAAGACAUUCCAAAAGCUAAAAGUCUUAGACCUCUCGUGGACUAUUAUUACAUACGUCAAUUUAAAAAUGAACAAACAACUAGUUUUUGUCAGGCUAUCGAAUACGCCAUUAAAUAACUUAAAACUUUCACCAAAGGGAGAAUAUGAAACUAUUGAUUUAAAAAAUACAAAUCUAUAUAACUUUAGCCUCAGUAAUUCCCUUGAAAAUAUCUCACCAAAACUGCAAAUUUUCGCGGAUUAUGCAUUUUGUUGCCAGGUUUACCGAGAUCCAAAGAUACCGAAUUCCCUCUGCAACUCAGAUAAACCUCGACUGUCUAGCUGCGACAGUCUAAUUGGGGAUAUGGCUAAAAGAAUUUUAAUAUGGGUGAUAGCUACAGUCGCGAUAGUUGGUAACAUAGCUUCACUGACCUAUUCAUUAUUCUUUGAUAGGGCCAAUCUUAUUAAAGUUAACUUUGCCUUAUUCGUAGCAUGCCUUAAUAUUUCUGACUUACUUAUGGGAGUCUACCUUAUUUUGAUUGCUUCUGUGGACAUUAAGUAUCGAGGUGAGUAUAUUUAUCAUGAGAUGUCUUGGAGGCAAAGCCCGCUCUGCCAGCUGGCCGGUGUUUUAGCGACAAUAUCAAGCGAGACGUCUACUUUAUUCGUUUCACUAAUUACAGUUGAAAGGUUCAUUAGUGUUAAAUAUCCCCAUGGGGAGUACAGGAUAUCUAGCAUGGUCAGAUACAUAUCUAUAGGCCUAUGCUUUGGUUUAGGACUAUUAUUGUCAGUCAUUCCUGUAAUGCACCCUAGCAUGACACUGUACUCAAACAGUGGAAUGUGUUUAGGAUUUCCUUUGCGGAAAUCGAGUGGCCCUCUUUGGGCUUUCUCCGUGGCCGUCUUUGUAUUCUUCAACUCAAUCUUACUGUUUCUCAUAGCCUGUGGUCAAUUUCUAAUCUAUAGAAUGAUAUUGAAGCAUAAUGCAAGGCGCUCUUCAACUGUAAGAAGUACCAAUGUCUCGCUGGCCUCCAGACUAAUUCUUGUAGCUCUUUCCAACUUAGCCUGCUUCCUGCCUGUCAGCGUUAUUGGAAUGCUAGUGCUUGUAAAUGAUUACAAAGUAGAAGAGGUAACAUAUGGGUGGAUAGUAGCACUAGCAUUACCAGUUAACUCCGCCAUUAAUCCAUUACUGUAUGCAGCAUUUACCUCGCAUUUACACAUCGUGGACAGUCAGACGACAAAGACAGAGUUCCAACCCUAUUUCUCAACGAAUUCAUACCAGUCAGCUUUGAUAGAUGUGUAUAUUAAACUCCUGUUUUGGCGUCAAAAAACGAAUGCUCAGUCUUCUAGGAGUGUAGAUUCUAGAUCUACAUCUGUUUUGCUAUUACUUAUAGCGAUUUCUAUAACUAGAUAACGCAAGCACUAUUGAAAUACAUUGUUAAAAGAGCUGAUAUCAACUCUGUCUCUAUGCUCGACAAACAAACUGAGCACGCUAUUUCUAUCCGCACUCCCCAACCACCAUCACAUACUCGGGUCAGAAUUGAACGCUUUGAACACCUUGUUCCAACACGACAUGAAUUAAUAAUUAUUUUUUUUUAUACCAAUUAAUCGAUUAAAUUGUAGCAAUUAAUUAAUUUGUGUUGAUAUAUAUAAAAAAAGGUAAAAAAUCUUAAAGUAUUGAGAUAUAAGGGUGUAAAUGUAGAGCUCUUCCCCCUAGGUAAGCUUUUUUUUUUAAAUAUUUUUUUUUUAUUGUACCUCUCAUCCUUGCAAAAGGACAGUCUACGUAUAAAAUUAUUCAUAAUUUGAAAACUUUUUUUGGGUACAUCGCGAGGUCCUAGGCUAGAAAUCGUAAAUAGCAAGUUAAAUAUACAAAACAAAAGUGAACUGUUAUAUUUAGAUUUAUUUAUAGGGAUUUUUACAUUCAAAAAAUUGUUUCGAUCAAAUAAACCUAUUUAAGAAAAAUUGUUUUGAUCAAAUAAGCCUAUUUUAAGAAAAAUUGUUUUGAUCAAAUUAGCCUAUUUUAAGAAAAAAUGUUUUGAUCAAAUAAGCCUAUUUUAAGAAAAAUUGUUUUGAUCAAAUAAGCCUAUUUUAAGAAAAAUUGUUUUGAUCAAAUAAGCCUAUUUUAAGAAAAAAUGUUUUGAUCAAAUAAGCCUAUUUUAAGAAAAAUUGUUUUGAUCAAAUAAGCCUAUUUUAAGAAAAAUUGUUUUGAUCAAAUAAGCCUAUUUUAAGAAAAAUUGUUGAUCUUAAGUAUAACUGGUUAUAAAAAUUUCAUAAAACUAAAGGUUUGCACAUUAGGCGCCCAUAGACACAAACGUUAGCAACUGAGACCCACUCUCUCUUUUUUUUUUCUCUUUUAUUUAAAGUAAAAACAUAACAUCUCCUUUUAAUACAUAUCAUCUCUUUUUACACUCUCAUUGUCAUGUCAUUGACAUUUGUGUUUUGAAAAGGUAAAAUUAGAAGUUCGAAAGUCGGAUUGUCUUGUUGGUGUGCUUGUAUUUUUUAUAAGAUAAGUGAGAAUGAAGACUUGAAAUCAGCGUGUGACUCAAUGAUUACCUAGCUCUAUUGACUUACUAAAGUCUUACGUCAUUUUUUUGUAAAAAUUAAAAAAAAAACAAACAAUUUUUUGAAACCAGUAUGGCCUAACACCCUAACUCGAAAUCCUCCGUACCCACAAUUCAACAGCAACUAGAUCUUAGCUUUUUAGCAGUAUUUUGUUUUUGUUUGUUUUUGCGACUGUCUGCCGUAUUCCCUAUGGGUCUUUUUCUUUGCUUAAUGCUACGGUCCCAGUGGUUAGGUUUUAUUUAGAAUCCUGUUUUAGAUUUCAAAGCGUCCAAUUGUCUAAGAAUGUUCAUGCAACUGUCCUACUGUUUUUGAAUGCUCAUGAAACUGUCCUACUGUUUUUGAAUGUUCAUGAAACUGUGUCCUACUGUUUUUGAAUGUUCAUGAAACUGUGUCCUACUGUUUUUGAAUGUUCAUGAAACUGUGUCCUAUUGCUAUAGUUUUGUUUAGUUUCUAAUAGAGACCAUAGAGGCAAACCGUCAUGUAUUUAUGUACUAAUGUAUGUAUAUUUUUUAAAAAUACUUUUUUUUUAAAUUGUAAAUAUUGUCAUGUGUAUGUUUGUUAACCCACAACUUGGUAAAGACUAUUAGCUAGAUUCAGCAGAACUAAUAUACAUUACGAUGCUAUAAGUGGUAGGACAUAUGCAGGGAACCACACAAUAACUCUUGAUUACCUUGUCGGUACGAGUGUUGCAAGGUCGCUAUAUAUAUAUAUAUAUAUAUAUAUAUAUAUAUAUAUAUAUAUAUAUAUAUAUAUAUAUACAUGUAUAUAUAUAUAUAUAUCAUAUUAAGACUUUGUAUUAGCUAAAAAGAUCCACAAGGUGAACUUAGAGUUGUGGUAAGAAAAAACAAGCGCCCGGGGGGGGGGCAAAUAAAUUAUUGGCGCCCCCCUUCCCCCAUUUUCUAUGAACAUCACCUAGAAAUAUGGGCUACGUGUGGCGCCCCACUGAGGGUGGCACACGGGGCAUCUUGCCCCCCCCCUCGCCCAAAUCCCUUACUACGCCUCUGCAUGAACAACAUAUUUAAAUAAACAAAUCAGUAACUUGACAAUGGAUUACCAUAAAGGUGCUAAAGCGUCAAGACAAAAAACAAAACAGAACAACAACCGCUAAAACUUUCAACACCAGAAGGCUGACUCCGCAAUGUGUUGUCCCUUUCCAAUAAAAUGUCUAUUUGAAUGGCAUCAAGGCCGUAUAGUCAGGUGACCUUCAUGGUGACCUCUGUAUGUCAUUGUCAUCCAGAAGCCUGUACUAACUGGUUAGUCAAUGGGCAAUAUUUAAGAUCAUGUCUAAAUCAUGUCUAAAUCAUAUCUACAUCAUGUCUAGAUCAUUUUUAAAUCAUGUCUAAAUCACCUCUAAAUCAUGUCUAAGGCAUUUCUAGAUUAUGUGGAAGUCAUCUAUGCAUGUCUAGAUUAUGCUAUGUGCAUCCUGCUGUAUGUGUGUAGAAAUAGAUACAUGCUUUAUAAAUAACUAUUACAAUAAAACUAUUGACCUGUGUGAUUAUUGCAUAAUAUUUCAAAAUUAGUGUAUAAAAAUAUUUGCCUAUUUCAUUUUUAUAUAAUAUUUCUAAAUUGAUGUUGGAAAAUAUUUUAUUCCCAAUUUUUUAUACAUAUUAUUAGAAUUUUUUUUUUUUUAAAUAAUGAAUUCAAAACAACUUUGGUGUUACAUAGACUCUGUUGUGUGAGUUACUGGCCAUUUUCUCCUAUUUUGUAAGAUACUAUCCUAUCUGUCCUUAGCAAGAAAACAAAUAUGGAGUAGCUGGACAAAUAUAUGGCUAUAUGGGAAUAACAUUUGGCAAGCAUUGACUUCUUAGUAUACAUGGGUUUCUUUUUCGACCAUGAAAAGGAGGGGGUGCUUAUUAGAAUAAGAUACAACAGAUAUAAUAACUAUGAUAUUGGAGUCUGGAACGCUGUGCUGCUUAAAAAUUACAAACACUCUUGUGUUUCUGUUAAACAACUUAAAACGGGUUUUAAAAGUGAAAGUUCCGAACAAGGGAGAUAAUUUUUUAUCUACAUACUUUCGGAAGGGAAUAUGCGUACCUUUGGUUUAGUCGUGUCGAAAGCAAACUCUCUAAAAAAGAACACACAAAUUCUAUGUGCAGCAACUGAGUAGAUGCUUAAAAGAAUCUAAGCCACACAAACACCCUAUUUUAUUCAUUGUAUAUUAAUUAAAGCUUGUCCUCGAGUACGAGUAUUACGGAGGAGUGCCGUAUUUUCCCCGUGGCUACGCAUUCCUAGCUGUGAUCUAAAAGUUUUACUAUAAGGCACAAUCGUUGUCCUCACCUGGUCGGUUUAAGUUACCUUUUCUGAUGUCUACGUCUGUCCUCCUUUUUGGGUCUCAACAGUGAAUCCAGCGGACUUUGUAAUAAACCUCCAGCUCGGAGGCCGCUUCUGCAAGCCGCAAUCUUCUAUGUCAGUUAUAACAAGUAAAAGCGUUUUCGGGGGUGGGUGGUAGUGGUGGUGGGGGGGAGUUCACUAAAAAAGAUUUGCCUCUGGCAUACGGUCGAGGCCCAUACAGAAUAGGUGCCCUAUGUAUAGCGUAGCUAUGGCUGUAGCAUUGGCGUCACUAGGGUGGGUGCCACCCGGUGCGGUCAGCUGAGGGUGUCACCCCCCCCCCCCAACCGCUUCCCGUUCCCCAAUCCCCAUUUACAUUUUUUUUUCGUUUGUUUGUUGCGCUGUACUACAUCUAGUUUUUAAUUACUUCGGUGUUUGAUUGUUCAACAACUUUAAAAUGAGUGUCUAUUUAAAUUCUAAAAUUCAGUUGUUUUUUUACAGUUUAUCUACAGUUCACUGGGUUUGUGUAGUCAUGUGAAACACUGCACGCAUCUUUUAUCUAAAAAAAUGCAAGAUAUUGCCAUUAAUCUAUUUUUCAAUUUUGCAACAAUGCAACCAUAAGAAAAUUACACUGUUUUUUUUUUCUAGAUAUCAAACUUGAAAACUUAUCAUUAACGCUAAUUGAGAUUAAGGUCUUUAACGAUUUCAUUGUUAAUAAAAUAGCCCUUUGUGAAAGUGUCAUCUGUUCCUUUGACUCAAAACGUUCUUGAUUUUAAUUGCAAAAAUCCUUUUUCCCAUGAGGCCAAACAUAUGCAGAUGGUAAGAAACGGUUGAAGGCUUUGUUCAAUGAUUUAAGGCCUUAGUGGCAUUUGAAUCAUGCACUGUCAAUUUUUAGUUAUUUCAAAAAUAACUUUUGCUGCCUUUAGAUCUCUACUCAGUCAAUGGUAUUUGGGUUAGAGUGUCGCAUUUUGGAAAAUCAUCAUGUAAGCCAGGGGUUCUCAACCUGUGAGUCGCGACCCCCUUGGGGGUCGAUUGACGAUUUGCCAGGGGUCGCCUAAGACCAUCGAAAAUAUGGAUUGUUAUUGUCUAUUCUUCUAUUGCUGUGUGUGUGUGUGUGUGUGUGUGUGUGGGAGGGUCGCGGCAGAAUGGGGGAUUGUAAAAAGGGGUUGCUGAGGUUAUUUGGUUGCGAACCGCUGAUGUACGCCAAUAUUUUGAAACAGACAUUUACAAUACUUUGUUGGUAGUUGAACUAAAGAAUUUUUCGGUUGGAUUGCUGCAUAUUUAUCUGCUACAUCAAUGAUUGCUUCCAGUAGGAGUUGAAGCUCAGAGUUAAAAAACGAUCAUUGCAGAUAAGAAUGAAUCUCUUCUUUCUCUUCUUCAAUAGUAAGUCCGGCAUCUUGGGGGUUGCAUGCCUGACAUUUUCCCCUUGCUUUUAAUGACAAAAAAAAAAAAAAAUCUUCUGAAUCACAGUGCUUUUUUUUUUUUUUUCUAGAAGACCUUUUUUUAUAUAACACUUUGCGCUAACAUAUUGUGCUUUUUUAGCGGCCCCUGAAAGAGGAAAAGACGCUAUUGGUUUUGUGCGAAAUGUCUGUCUGUCUGUCCGUCCGUCCCGUUUAGAUCUCGUAAAGUAGAAAAGAUAUUGAAAAUCCGACAUCACAAUAUUUUAGACCAUUCAAAGUUCUGAUGCAACGGCAACUUUUUUUUUUCUGAAAGCGAAAAAUCUAAUUUUUAAAAUCAGUUAUGCAAGCAGUUUUUUAAAGAGAAAAAGCUAAUUGGUAUGCAUUAUAAAUUUGACCUAAAUUGAAACGAAUACUAAUCUUGUAAACUUCAUUUUCGUAAACAUUUCUUUUAAAUGCAUAAAGUUUGUUUUUUUUUUUUUUUUUUUUUUGGAGCAUUGAAUAAGAGAUUGAGCCUUUUCAAAACAAUUAAAUCAAUAAUAAGACUUCUAUUAGGCCAGGACAGGCGCGGUAGAUGAGCGGUAACGCUUGGCUUCCGAACCGGGGGUCCCGGGUUCGAAUCCUGGUGAAGACUGGGAUUUUUAACUUUGGAAUCUUUGGGCACCUCUGAGUCCACCCAGCUCUAAUGGGUACCUGACAUUGGUUGGGGAAAAGUAAAGGCGGUUGGUAGUUGUGCUGGCUACAUGACACCCUCGUUAACCGUAGGCCAAAAAAACAGAUGAACUUUACAUCAUCUGCCCUAUAGACCACAAGGUCUGAAAGGGAAACUAGUUAGGCCAGGUUCACAUCUAACUUUGCAUUCACUUGCACCUAUCCUUUGAUCUUCUGGACUGUUGGUCAACUGAUCUGUCGACCUUCUUUCUCAUUUGUCUUUAAUAUAAUUUCAUUUGGAUGUUCUUGCUGAAAAUAUUGAAGCCUGCCUGGGUGGACCACUUCGGGGGUCGAUUCUGAGUUUGUGUUUCCACACAAACUGUCUUUGUAACCUUGUUUAAAUAAAAGGUUGAAUUAGUCACCACUUUUGUCAAUGGUUUAAAGAUUGUGACAGUCACACUCUUGUGUAUCUUUGGCUUUCUAGUAUAUCUGUUGGUUCUUAAUAACUUUCAGUACUCCUCCAUGGUUCCAGACAUUGAAGCUGCAUGUUCACUCACCUUAACACCAUACAUCAAUUCAAGUUCUGCCCUUUUUCUAGACAUUUUAAGAUAUUUAGUUGAUCUCACUUGCUUUUUUUUUGUCUCCCUUAAAAAUCGAAUUUAUCUUUUAAAUCUGAUCAGUGUGUGCUAUGUCAGGUGUGCUAUGUCAGGUGUGAUGACAAACGAGAUACAAAGGUGCUUACAGACAUAUCUUUUACGUCGUUUGCUAAAACAUUUAUAAACUUUCUAGCAUUACAGAUGUACUUUCAGUUAUGGGCUUUAUUUCAAUCAUCUCAAGGAAAUUCUUUAUUCAAUAAGGACUCGUUGUUAAUAUGGUCACGAAAUAUCAAAUAUUCUGCUUUGACAGAAACAGUCCGUGCAAUGUAUCCUUCCAUUGUUUUUCUUCUUGACAUCAAUCAUAGCAACAACUUCCCUGUCAAUUGUAUUUGUAGCCGGAUGCCCUUGUUUUCCAAUUUUCCAAUCCAGAUAAAAAUCUUCAUACGUCUUUUAAUAACCUUCUUCUUCUUUUUCAUCGUUCUCAUUGUUAUGUUGGAGUGUUUAUAUGACUAGACCAAUAUAUGAGAUGAACUGCGCAGUGGUUUCCAAAUCAGGCAGCUCUCCAUAUAGUUUUCUUUCUAUUGGGGUGAUUUUGGACCAAUGUCUUAUACGGGCCUCUUGGUAAAUAGAGCAGUUUUGGAGGACGUGGUCGGCAUUCUCUGGGAAUACUCCACAUGGGCAGAUUUCACUGGUUCCAAUUUUGAGCUUUCGGUACAUGUGUUGUCGCAUUCUGUUGUGUCCGGUCCUGAGUCGAAAGAUUAGACGUUGGUCUUGUAGGGUUAGCUUAUAGUAAGCGUUAUCUUUCUUGUGAUUUGGAUAAGAGCUCGUCCAUUUCUCAUUUAUUUUAUUUACAAUUAAUUUCUUCAAUUCUUCUGGAUAGAGUGCAGAGUUUAUUAGUGAAUUAGUUCUCCCACUCUUGGCGAGUGUGUCAGCCUUCUCAUUUCCUUCUAGUUCUAUAUGAGCUGGGAUCCACUGAGUAACAGUUUUUUUUGCUGUUGUUGUUGAGCUUUGUAAGUGCUGUUCUGAGGUUUUUAAUAUAAGAGGAAUCAAAGUUUUGCAAGCUUUGGAGGGUUGUUUUCGUAUCGGUUAGAAAGACAAUCUGACUGUGUGGGGAACUUGGAUGAUUUGCUAGCAUGGUAGCAGCUAGUGCUAGUGCUUCCCUUUCUGCUCUGUGACUGUCAGAGAGCUCUCCAGUUGCAAUGGAUUUUUAUAGUUUUCCUCCAUCUGGCCAUUCGAUAAUUGGUAUGUAGAAAACAGUUCACUAUUUCCUUGAGCUCUGUUGGUCUGUAAUCAGAUUUUCUUUCUAUGUUUUCAAUAUGGUCCCUUAUAGUAGGAAGAGGGCUUUCGUCACAGGGUGGAGAUUCAUUAUAGUGUAUCGAGUAUUCCAGAGUCAUUUUUACAAGUUGGUGUUUCUUUUUUAGGUUUAGAGAUUCCUGUAUGAAAUUGGUCCUUUUGAGACGUUUUUUUUUUGUGCCAGUUUUGUGGAUUUUUGUUCUGAGUGGGUGCCUUUCCAAGGUUUCCAAUUUAGUGAGUUGGGAAAGGAUUUUUAUUUCUCUUCUUUCCUCCAGAGAGAUCAGGGCAGCAUAGCUCUUAUGAGUGUUGUUUUGAUUGCUCCUGUCAUUAUCCUUAGACCAAUAUUUUGAACCUUGUCUAUUUUUCUUAGGUUGGUUUGGGAUGCUGUGCCCCAUGCUGUGGCACCAUAUUCUAGUACAGGUCUUACGUAAAUGGUAUAGGUCUUUUUCAGGAUGUUGUGAUUAGCUCCCCAAUCUGUGCCAGCUAAUUUUUUCAAGAGGGAUAGUCUCUGGAUGUCUUUACUCUGUGUUUUAUCUAUUUGGUUUUUCCAGGUUAGUCUCGGGUCAUAGGUGACUCCAAAGUAUGUAGGGCUGUCAUUUUUUUCUAAAGCUUCCUUAUCUAAUGUUAAUUUUAUUGUUUGUUGUUUUGUUGACAGUGAGAAUAUGGUAUAUGUUGUCUUUUUUGUGUUGAUGGACAUGCCCCACUCUUUUGACCAAUUAUUGAGUAUAUCGAGAGCAUCUUAUAAUCGAAAUUUCGAUGUUCCUACAUAUUCUUCUGUGCUAAUUAAGGCAAGUUCAUCUGCAUACAUGCUGCUUUUAACUUUUCUUGGUAUGUUUUAAUUUAGAUCGUUUUUGAAUAUUAGGAAAAGUGUUGGGGAUAGGACUCCUCCUUGGGGGACGCCGUUUUUUAUACCCACUGUGUGGCUUCUUUGUCCUUGCACGCAAACUAAGGCUUUUCUAUUAUUUAGAUAUUCCUUUAUCCAGUUGUACAUUCUGUGGGAUAUGUGAUGCUGGAUUAGCUUGAGCAAGAGACCUUGUUCCCAGACUUUGUCAAAUGCUUUUUCUAAGUCAACCCACACAAUUGUUGUUGGUUUCUUUUCUUGAAAGCCGUCUUUUUUUCUUGUUUGAUGAAGGCGAUUUGAUCUUCUGCUGAUCUGCCUUUUCUAAAGCCAGCCUGGGCUUCAGUGAGUAGGUUAUUUGACUCAAUGAUCCAAGUGAGUCUGCUAUUUAUCACUCUUUCCAUCAGUUUGCAAGUACAGCUAGUGAGGCCGAUGGGACGAUAGCUAUCCAGUUUAUUUCUUGGCUUGCCGUGCUUUAGUAUAGGGAUCAUAAUGUUUUUUUUUUCCAGAUGUUUGGAAUUCUGCCAGAUUUCCAGCUAGCAUUGAAUAUUUGUAGCAGUUUUCUUUUGGCCUGAGGACCCAAGUGAAGAAGCAUGUCAUUAGAUAUUUUGUCUGGGCCCGGGGCUUGUUUUGGUUUGAGGACUUUUAGGGAUUCAUCAAGUUCCUUCAUUUUAAGAUUAGUGGUCAUUCCCAAGGAGUAAGCUGGAUUGUUUUCUUUAAUUUUAUCUUGGAUUUCUGAGUUUACAUCUUUAUUUCUACUUUCAUUGAUUUGUAUUUGUCCUACGCUUUGGAAAAACUUAAUGAAUUCAUUUGCUGCUUCUUGGCCUUUCAGGGGUUUGUUGUCCUUUUCUAUUACUAUAGGAGUUGUUCUGUUUUCUUCCUAGUUGAGACAUUUGGCUAUACGCCAGAGUUUGUGGCCGUCUCUAUCUACGUUUAGCUGUUCUGUUUUUUCAUGCCAACUUUUCCUCAUGGCGGAAAGGUAAUUUUUCCUGAAAACUGCGUUAGCUGCUUUUGGAUUUAUGUUAUUUUCUAUUGUGUUUCUGGCUUCAAUAGUGGCAUUGUGGAGUUGUUGAAGGUGAUCAGACCAGUUGGGGAUAUAAUCUUUUCUUGCUCCUCUAGGAAUUGAUUCCUUAGCUGCUAGGAAGAUUGCUUUGGAGAAAGCUGAGUUUGACUUAUUAGCCUGAUUUGAUUUGCAGUUUAUUGAAGUUGUGUAUAGGUCUGUGAGCUAUGAGAAUAGGUGCCUGUUGGCUUUUUUGUACUUCCGUCUGGGGAUGGUGGAGCUUUCUGAUAUUUUGAAGGAGGUAUCAAUACUGAUCAAUAUGGGUCUGUGGUCACUGGUGGCUAGCUGGUCUGCAACUUCUCUAAUGCACUUUUUGGAUAUGUUGUCAGUUGCAAAGGCUAGAUCUGGAGUGGUUGAUAUUAGCCAGGCUCUUGAGAAAAAGGUCGGUUUAUCCUCAGGUUUAUUAAGCAAGAUAAGUCUGUUCUCUGCUUGCCAUUCUUCAAUUUCUUCUCCCCUGGCAUUGAGACCUGGGUAUCCCCAGCUCUGAGAGUGACUAUUCAUAUCCCUUAAGAUUAGACAGUCUUCUUGGUCAGGUAUUUGUAUGUGGUCAAUCUCUAUUUCCUUGUCUGGUGGGAAGUAGCACUUAAAUAGAGUAAUAUUUCCAUCUGAGAGAAUUAGCUUAGUUCCCAUUAUUUUUUAUUCUGAGGAGUUGGGCAUAGUUAUGUCUGUGGUAGGGAUGUCAUUUUUAAUGAGGGUGAGGAUUUUAAUAUUCCAAUUUCGGACUUUAUUUUAACUACACAUGAAAUUAAGUUGCACAUUUCUAUUUCAUUACUAUACAAAUAGUUAAAAAUAGUCGACAAAAAAAAGAAUGCACAUAUUUAGUGGCUAAAUCAUCUCGAUUAGGAAGCAUCAGAAUCAUUCUUUUAACAACUGAUAAACUUUUCCUAUGCUCUGGAUAAUUUCCUGCGUAAAUUAUGUGAAAUUAGCACACCCCAAGAAUAAAAAAUCCCUUAAAAUAUUCAAGUAUAUCAUUUGGCAUUGUAAUAUUUCCUUCAUCUCGGCCACAGCUUCUUUUACAAAAAUGAAACUACAUCAACACCUUCAGAAAUCUCAUUGGCCACUUAUUUACUUUCCGAUUCUACAAAAUUUGCAUUAAUUACAUGUGAGAUCUCAGUAAUGUUUUAUGCAUGGAGUAUGUCGCCGUUGUUAAACAGUGACUAUUGGUUGGCAUCCUGAUAUAACGGUGCUAGCUACACAUACAAAAGAUUCGAUUAAGAAAUAAAAAAAAAACAAAGCAGUGUUCAUAUACAUACCGGAAGCUGGUAUACAUCUGAAAGUAACGUUUCACGUUUUCCUUGUGAUAAAAGUAUGGUAUAUCAUUUUAACAUAUUGAUAGCAUUUCAUAAAAAAAAAAUAUGUUUAAUCGACAUGAAAAAUAGUAUAUAGAUCUAGUUUUUAACUGUGAAUAACAUGUUCCAAUAGUUAGCCGCUGCCGUUUAUUUUUUAAAUUGUCAGUCUUUCCCAAGGUGUAUUUUUUUUACUUGGGUGUCACUCCCCCUAACGGGUUCCACCCGGCUCGGACCGCACCCCCCGCACCCCCCUAGUGACGCCACUGAUCUGUAGCGUAGCUGUUGAACUAUAAAUAACCAGUCUAUACUGUCCACGCAAGCAUUCAUCAUUUGUGGUACCUAACAGCUAUCGUUUUCUUGAGAUGUAACCCAGUCAUCUUUGGUGAAAGCUUUCAAGUAGUUACUUUCACUAUAGCAUCUAUGUCUCUGAUCCAAAUAGAAAACUCGCGAGAGCCAAUGCUUAGUAGAAACUAUAUAUAUAUAUAUUAUAGAUAAUUUAGCGAAAGUAGAUUAGACUGAUUGCUUUCCUAUCCGAAGGGCUGAAAUCAAUAGCUUGAUAGACAUUUAAUACCCUUGGAACUUUGAGAGGUCAGGUCAAGAAGACAUUGAAACGGGCUCAAAGGUGAGGAGCAUAUUGCAAGAUGUGCAGGGGAAACAGAUAAGAGGGAAGGGGAGAGAGAGAGGCAACAGGUAGGACAGCUUAAACGUCAACACAAUGCCAUAACGCUAACCCUAACUUUGGAAAAAAAGAUCACACCAAAGUUAUGUCUUUUUCUUUCUAUUAUAUAAUAACUGCUUAUAUUAGUGAUUGAAUUAUUGACUUGUAUGUUAGUUAUUCUAUAGUUUUUAUUUUCUUUUUGGUUUCUAGAUAUAUCUAUACAUUAUACUUGUAACUAUUUAUAUGUAUGUAUGUAUGUAUGUAUGUAUUUAUGAAUCUAUCUAUAUUAUAUUGAUACGUAAAUGUGUAUAUAAAAUUAGAGUUGGUGAACAUGUUGCCAGACAAAAACAAAUAUUGUGUUAUAUUUAUAAUUAUUCAAUUUCAUAUCAACGAGGGACCGGAAGCUUAAUUUCUCCCUUCCAAAAACUCUGCAGUCUCGCGCAGGUCACAUGUCAUGAGCACGUGACCUCCCCACACCUGUCAAAACGGCAUUCAGCAAGUCUGGAGCAGAUGAGAAGACUACGGGGCAAUGCGAUAUCUUAGCAUUAUGUCUUUUUUGUGUGUGUGUAUGUUAAAGUAUACUUUAAGUUGUACCCCGUUCCACAGUGUAUUAUCUAGCAAUGUAAUAUGAUGGAGUAUACUAUGGGACAGUGUAAUAGAUGGAAACGUGUAAUUGAUGCUAUGUUAUAUAAUGCAGUGAAAUUGGUGCAGUGUAAUUGGUGCUCUGUAAUAUUGUGCAGAUGAUUUCUUGUCAAUGUGUCCCCACCUACCUGUUGUGAACUCCUGGACCCUAAAGUUUGUAUUUCAACAAUUCAAAUAACGGCCGGUGAUACAUUAAGAACAGAAUUAUAUAUUGAAUAAAAAUAAUCAGAAUAAACUUAUAUCUGUAAAUAAUUGUGGUCCGUCCGUCCCGUUUAGAUCUCGUAAACUAGAAAAGAUAUUGAAAUUCCGACAUCUUGAUAUUUUAGACAACGGCUACUUUUUUUUCUUUUCUGAAAGAGAAAAAAUUAAUUGUUAAAAUCUACUAUACAAGCAGUUUAAAAAAACAAAACAGAAAAAAACCCACUUUUUUUUACUAGCAAGAAUUUUUUUUAUACAGAUGUAUUGCUAAGUUAAGUAAGUUCUGUCAUACUAACUAUUACAUUUACAAAAAAAAAAAGUUUACUUUUUUUAAAGAGAAAAAAAUCAAUUUAAUAUGCAUAUAUAUAUGUAUAAUCAUAAUUUAAAGUAAUAUUUUUUCAUAUUAUCGCGUGAACUAGAUACCUAUUUAAAGUUGUUUUUUUUAUGUUUUUUUUUUGUACGAAAUUUUUUUUUCUUGAGUCUUUGAAUAAGAGAUCGAUCCUUUACAAAACAAUUAGUUAAACAUUAUAUGACAUCCGUUAGGCCAGGUUCGUAUCUAACCCUAUCUUCACUUUCACCUAUCCGUUGGUCUGCUGAAAGGUUGGGAGCCAGAUGGGGCACCACACAAGAUCUGUCACCCUUUUUUCUUCAUUCUUCUCUGUCAUUUCUUUUUGGUAGAUUUUCAUUCUGAUGUUCUUUCUGAAAAUAUUGAAACCUGCCUUUUUACCUGCCUGGAUGGACGGACCACUUCGGGGCCCGAUUUUGAGUUUCCACACAAACUUUCUUUGUAACCUUGUAUAAUACAAUCUUAAUAGAAAUAUUUAAAAUUGACAACAAAUACUAUGAUACGUGUUUUUGUAUAUCUUGCUUGUAUGUCUGCGUAUUUUAUUUUACAUUUGAAUAUUUUAGGAAGUUUUUUUAAAACAUUAAAAUAUGAAUGCUAAAAAUAUUUUUAAAUGUUGUGAACAUUUCAUUAGUGUGGUUGUAUAUGUUGCAUGAUUUGAUUAUCAGUGUUUACCAAACGAGGCCUGAAUAGGUGUUUUACCAAUUAUUGAAUUUUUUCUACAACAUUUAAAUUAUUAUCCCUAAAAUAAAGUAAGCAAAGUGUUCCGCUAAAUGCUCAGGAUGUUCGAAGUGUUCCGUUUUAGAAAAGUUUUGGAAACAUUGGUUGACGUAUUUUAAUGUCAAUAGUGACAUUUUUAUUUAGUUUUGGGUCAUAAUGAGAAACAAGUGAUGCAUCUGUUAUUCACAUUUUCACUGAAUUGAGUCUUAAAUUCUGACAACUUAAUUGCUUCCUUAUCAACGAGGCGUCUACGUGAGGUGUAUUUAUGAUGUAUACUUUGAGAGAUAUACAUUUAAAAUAGAGCCAUUGUUUCACAUGUAUACGCCUCAAGACUAUAUGUGUGUCUACUCUGUUUGGAUGGUUGGUAUAGGCGGAUAUCUCGGAAUGGGAUUGGGUGGGGCAUGUCACCGUUGAACUUUGGGUGGCAAGUGCAUGCUUGCCAACGCCACUGAUAAGAAAGAUUAUUUUUUUUUUUUUUAGAUCUUGUCGUUCGCUUAGCACUGCGUUACUGCAAGGCGGUGUAGCGCCUCUUGCCAUUUUGUUUAUAUUUAAUUCGCUAUUUCCUCAAAUUAAAGAUUUGGUUUCUGUGUUUAUUGUUACACAUGUAUUUUUGUAUGCAUCUGCUGACAAUUUAUAUGCAAUUAUCUGUAUUUUAGACAAUUUUAAAUUUUAAAAAAUCUCAAAGAAAAGUUUCACUUAUUUGCAUAAAACAAUUUUUUCUGAUUACCAUUACAUCACUUUUCAUUUUUUUUAUUAUAUUUGUAUAUUGCCAAUAUGAUCCACGAUGUAGACAGAAGGGAGAAUUUCUCUCACACUAUGAUAGAUGUCUCCUGUGCGCUUUAAUAUUUUUGUAACUAUAAAUAGCACGUGAAUAAAAUACAAUUACGUCCCUUGAUGCAUGCAAUUCUUCUGUAAUGCUAGACAUAAAUGUCGCGGUAGCAGAAAUUAUUAAAAAAAAAGGUCAGGUGUAAAUUAUCCGUAUUUAGUUCUCCAAUGCAUUUUUUUUAAAAGCCCAGAUGGCAGUCGUCAGAUUUAUUUCUACUCACAGAUGUUUUAAUUUUAAAAACGAUUGCUAAUGGCUGCCUCUUUUUAAUGCUGAACAUAUAAGACUCUUUUUAUACGAAAAAAUUAAAGUGUAAAUUUUAGAAAUGUUACUUUUCUUUUUAUGUCCUACAAAUUGUAAUUGUAUAUUAGCAAUAUGUUUCAGAAAGGGGAGAAUGUCUCUCACACUAUGAUAUAUGCCUCUUGUGCGCUGUAAUAUUUUUAAACUAUAAGAAUCAAAAGGAAUAUAAUAACAUUGUGUCCCUUGUUGCUAGUAACUCUUCUGGAAUAUUAGACAUAAAAGUCAAGCUAGUAGCAAUAAGUCUAUUAUAACAAAAAAUGUCAGAUGUAAAUUGCUAUAUCUAUUACUCCAAUGUAUUUUGUAAAGCACAGAUGGCAGUCAUCAAUCAUCAUUCUACCCACCAAGCAGAUGUUUUAAUUGUAUAUAUGAUUGUUAAUAGCUGUCUCAUGUUAAUAAUCAUUGAAGACACUUUUUUAUACUAAUAAAAUUGAAUGUGUAAAAUUUGGCAGAGAAAAAAUGUUUUCAUUUCAAGCCUUUUUAAUGUGUAGGGUACUAGUGAUCAAUAAAUGUAUAAAGUGUAUAGUUAUUG